UAUACGACUUAUCACGCAUGUUGUCGAGGUGUUUUUACGUAUUGAUUUUGACUAGUGGUGCGUUCUUGAGCCAUUGGUAGAAUACGUAUUUCGUAAACUUGAUAGUUUUGGUGGAGAAUGUAUUUUAAGUGACUGAUCAGGAGAAGGAAUAUCUGCCCCAUCAAGAGGUCUGUGCCUCUGUAUACAUCCAGUAGCAUUCCCUGGUAAAUCUCUGUGCCCCAGUAAAGAUGGUUAACCCAUGCCCAUACUGGACACAGAAACAGCUAAGGAGGAUGUGGCUGACCCCGGAUCAUAGAAGCUGAAAGAACAACACCACAGGAAGCCAGAGAACUAAAUGAGUGAUCUGUUGAAUGAAGUUCUGGCUACUGCAGAGUUACCCACUAUCUUUUGAGGUGAAGACAGAGCCCACUAAGUCAGCAAGGGCUCUCUGACCUCUUUUUGCUGUCAACAUGGAAACAAGGUUAUUAGUCCUUUUGGUAUGUCUGCAGGUUUUCUGUACAGCAGGAAAUGUUUGUGACUUUAAAGAAAAACAACAUCUUAUCCAAACUUUGACAAGAAAGCUUCUGAAAGCAACACAGGAUGAUUCUGUGCCUAACCCCAGUAUUCACAUUGGUCUGCGCCUUGCUAAAUAUCACAACCACGAGAUGGAAAACAGUUACCUCCAGCGACUACGAAAAGAACGAGAGUCAGACUUCCUUGCAAGGACUGGACCAGAGUAUCAAAAAGAGCCAGUCACUGGCCUGCUUGCCUUACACAUCUUAGCACUGCAAGCUUCAUGUGAAAAUCUGGACAACCAAACUGGAAAGCAACUGAUUACACAGCUAAAGCGGGCACUGCACAGUGAGAAGGAACACAUUGCCACCUACGACAAACCUCUAUCAAAUUACUACCAGUACAGCAUGGGAAUUUUGGCAUUGUGCAUAAAUGGAAAGAAGAUUGACCAUCAUGUGAUUGGGAGACUGAUUCAAGCUGAAAAGCGCAAGAAGUUUAUGCACCAUGAUUCUCAAUCUGUUGAUACAGAGGCAAUGGCAGGGCUAGCACUGCAGUGCCUGGAGCAGUCUGACUUUAUGUAUACAGACCAGCUGAGGACAGACAUCAAUAACACAAUCAAAAGUCUGAAGAAGAAAAUUAUUGAAUCCAGAAGUGCAGAGGGCAUUAUAGGAAAUAUUUUCAGUACGCCACUUGCAGUUCAGGCCUUGCAUGCAAUGGGGCAAGAAGAUGCAUGUUCUGGUUCUGCAGAAGCCCUUCUUGGACAGGCAGAAGUGGGCACAUUUCACAACCCUAUGGCACUAUCCCUGCUGAUUCCAGUUCUGCAUCAGAAAACUUACCAGGACAUUGCCAACAUAGACUGCUCUGAUGAAGAUAAUACUCUGACAACAUCCCAUUCUGGACUAAAUCAACUUGGCAAUGAAAUCAAAGUGACCUUUAUGGUACAGAACAUUGGCAGUACGAACAAUGAAUAUGAAGAUACUGUAUUCGUUCCUCAAGGGUCAUCAUUGCUUGAAGUCCUUAAAACAGCACAUAAAGAAAAACCUAAACACUUUGCGUAUGAAAUUAAAGACAGCCUGUGGGGACCCUUCCUGUCUUCAGUGAAUGGUAUAACUGCAGAUGUGGAGAGGAGAACUUACUGGCAAAUCCUUAAAGACCGUAACAUUCAUCUGAUGGAAGGCAUCGCUGAUUAUAAACCUCAUGAUGGAGACCAUAUAAUUUUACGGCUUUCCACAUGGUAAAAUACAAUGAUGUAGAUUCAGAAUGGAACUCCAUGUCACUCUGUCUUACAUUUCUUUAUUUCACUACAUACAUGCAACUGCUGGUCAUCAUAAAGAAGAACCAAAGCAUAUGGGAUUUAACUUAUAGGUCUGCUAAAAGCAAAUCAAGUGGAAUAUGGAUAUAUGUCUUAAAGCAUUUAGCAUCAAUAUCGCUGACUAACUAGCAGCUAGCUAGAGCAAACGUGAACCAUAAGGUUUGAGAAUGUUAACUUUUUGACUUAAUCUCCUAGUCUGUUUUGUUUUCUUGUAUACUGUAUUAGAAAUGAUUGUUAAGGUACCACUGUAUCUGAUUUUAAAAUAUAACUCAAAAUAUUUUGACAAUAGCAUUUGAAAGCUUGAGCAAACAUUUUCACUUGAGAUCUUUUUAGAUACUCAAUAAACUGUAAACUUGUACAACUGAA